GUGUUUAUAAAAAGGGGCAGUGAAGCCAUGGCUGCGCCGUUAAGGUCAUUACGUCGCUGUGUAUCUCUUUUAAAUACACAAACACAAUUACCAAUUUCAACCGAAUUAAGGCUUUCAACAUCAGUCACUGAUGAUAAUGAUAAACCCAAGGGUCCAAAUGAUGACUACAUUGUAAACCCUAUGUUCUACAAUCGUAACCCAAGGACAUUGGAUUUUAUGGGGUUAUCUCGAAAGCAGUCUGGUUGGGUGUUACAAGCUCCCUAUAGAAAUUAUUAUUAUAAAAUAAUUUUUGCAAGGAGAAAUUGGAAUCUUGAUUCUUAUAUCCUGCAUUCUUCUGGGAAUAUUGUUGUAUCAGCAUCAACCAAAGAAUGGGCAAUUAAAAAGUUUCUUUAUAGUUGCCGUGACAUCACAGCUGCAAAAUGUAUUGGAACUAUUUUAGCUCUGAGAUGUCUUGAAGCUGGAAUAACACAUGUCUUUUAUGAUGACAUGCUACAUGAGAAAAAUUCCAAAAAGCUUCAAGCCUUUUUAACAGCAGUACAACAAAAUAACCUGAUACUUAAAGAACCUACUGAGAAAAUCUUCCCUAUAAUUCCUGGCAUUGACUAUGGUAGCUACCAUCGUAUUGCAGAUAAUAAAUGGAGUGAUGAUAUCCAACAUUAAUCUAUUAUUUUUAUUAAAUUAUUGUGAUUAAGUCAUUUAAUAAAAUUGCUUUUUAUUAAAA